CAUUGUGGGUCGAGGGUUCUGGCUGCUGAAGUCAAGAUGGCGGUAAACAUCAGAAAAAGGAUAGAACACGCCACAAAAAGGCCUUGAAUGAAGUUUUAAUUUAAUAUUUAACACCCAUCAGCAAGGACGGACUCACCGGUAUUUCGGGAAUAUACAUGCACCGACAGAAUAACAACCGCGGGAGAAAGUGUCGUAUGAAUCCCGACGAGAAGGAGGACCGUGAGUGUGCGCCACCGCAGGCCGAGAGCAGCCCCGCGGGAGGGUCCGACCGAGAACACGACGAGACUCAGGCAGAAAACCCCGAAGCAAGCCGAAUGAAGCGGGCGGCCGCCAAGCAUCUGAUAGAGCGCUACUACCACCAGUUGACCGAGGGCUGCGGCGAUGGCGGCUGCUCCAACGUGGGCUGCGCCUCGUCCCCCGGCUUCCUCCGCACCGACAACAAUGCGGCCGCAGUGCGCUCGCUGGAGCUCUACAAGGCGGGGGCACCGCUCUGCGACCCCCACCCCUCUAAGAAGGGCACCACCUCGGCCCACGUAGAGAGCAGCGCACUGGCGGCUGCCGCCGCCGCUGCCGGGGGGGGUGGGGGAGGGGCGGAGGCGUGCGGGAACAGCCGUGUGAACCACAGGGAUGGCGGGCAUUUUGUGCGGGAGGACUUUAAAGACGUGAGCUUCCUGACGGAGGACAAGGUGUACGAGAUCCUGGCCCUGUGCGCUGCCAAGGACGACUACUCGCCUCUGAUCCGCGUGAUCGGGCGCGUCUUCUCCAGCGCGGAGGGGCUGGUGGCAUCGUUCCGCCGGACAACCCCCCCAACCAAGGAGGAGCUUAAGUCCCUCCAGGGCAAGGACGAGGACAAAGACGAGGAUGAAAAGGAGGUGGAGGACCAGAUGGAGGAGGACCCGCCCGCCUCCUCAUCGCUGUCGCACGUCGCCGGGGGUGAGGGAGGCGGGGGAGGACCCACGGGGGCCGACGAGCAGCCCUGGGCGGACGAGGUGUCUGUGGACGCGGAGGCGGUGCGGCGGGUCUAUGCGCGCCUUCUCUCCAACGAGCGGGUGGAGGCGGCCUUCCUCAACGCGCUGGUGUACCUCUCGCCCAACGUGGAGUGCGACCUGACCUACCACAACGUGUACUCGCGCGACCCCCACUACCUCAACCUCUUCGUGAUCGUCAUGGAGAACAGCAACCUGCACAGCCCAGAGUACCUGGAGAUCGCGCUGCCGCAGUUCUGCAAGGCCAUGAGCAAGCUGCCGCUGGCCGCCCUGGCCAAGCUUGCCCGGCUGUGGUCGCGGCAGGGUGCGGCAUCGUUGCGGCGCAUGCUGGAGACCUUUCAGCAGCUCAUCACCUACAAGGUGAUCAGCCAUGAGUUUGGCGGACGUAACCUGGUGAAUGACGACGAGGCGGUGGUGGGCGCCACGCGCUGCCUGAAGAUCCUCUACUACGCCGACGUCCUGGGCGGGGAGGUCGACACAGGCCACAAUGAGGAGCCGGACGACGAGCCCGUCCCCGAGUCCAGCGAGCUGACCCUCCACGAGCUGCUGGGGGAGGAGCGGCGCAACAAGAAGGGCCCCCGGGUCGAUCCCCUCGAGACAGAGCUGGGGGUCCGGGCCAGCGACUGCCGCCGACCCUUGGUCCCCUUCGAGGAGUUUGUGAACGAGCCGCUGAACGAAGUGCUGGAGAUGGACAAGGACUACACCUUCUUCAAGGUGGAAACGGAGAAUAAGUUCUCGUUCAUGACCUGCCCCUUCAUCCUCAACGCUGUGACGAAGAACCUGGGCCUGUACUACGACAACCGCAUCCGCAUGUACAGCGAGCGACGCAUCACGGUGCUGUACAGCCUGGUGCAGGGUCAGCAGCUGAACCCCUACCUGAGGCUCAAGGUGCGGCGCGACCACAUCAUCGACGACGCGCUCGUACGGCUGGAGAUGAUCGCCAUGGAGAACCCGGCCGACCUGAAGAAGCAGCUAUACGUGGAGUUCGAGGGCGAGCAGGGCGUCGACGAGGGGGGCGUCUCAAAAGAGUUCUUCCAGCUGGUGGUGGAGGAGAUCUUCAACGUCGACAUAGGCAUGUUCACCUACGACGAGACCACCAAGCUGUUCUGGUUUAACCCAUCAUCGCUGGAGAACGAGGGGCAGUACACUCUGAUCGGCAUCGUGCUGGGCCUGGCCAUCUACAACAACUGCAUCCUGGACGUCCAUUUCCCCAUGGUGGUCUACCGCAAGCUCAUGGGCAAGAAGGGGACGCUCAGAGACCUGGCCGACUCCAACCCGGUGCUGUUCCAGAGCCUGACAGAGCUGCUCUCCUACGAGGGCAGUGUGGAGGAGGACAUGAUGAUCACCUUCCAGAUCUCCCAGACUGACCUGUUCGGGAACCCCCUGAUGCACGACCUGCGGGAGAACGGGGACCAGAUCCCCGUUACCAACGACAACCGGAAGGAGUUUGUGGCCCAGUACGCGGACUACGUGCUGAACAGGACGGUGGAGAAGCAGUUCAAGGCCUUCAGACGAGGCUUCCACAUGGUCACCAACGAGUCUCCGCUCAAGUACCUGUUCAGACCGGAGGAGAUAGAGCUGCUCAUCUGUGGGAGUCGGAAUCUAGACUUCUUGGCUCUGGAGGAGACGACAGAAUACGACGGCGGCUACAACAGAGACUCCCGGAUCAUCAAGGAGUUCUGGGAGACCCUGCACUCGUUCGGAGACGACCAGAAGCGUCUCUUCCUGCAGUUCACCACGGGGACGGACCGCGCCCCCGUGGGCGGCCUGGGGAAGCUCAAGAUGAUCAUCGCCAAGAACGGCCCCGACACCGAGAGGUUGCCCACCUCCCACACCUGCUUCAACGUGCUCCUGCUCCCGGAGUACGGCACAGUGGAGAAGCUGAGGGAGCGGCUGCUGAAGGCCAUCACCUACGCCAAGGGCUUUGGCAUGCUCUGAGAGGCCCUGCCCCGACCCCCAUCCCCACCGUUACCCAGCCCUCAAACCCUGUGACCCCGCCCAUCUCCACCCCCCACCUCAUCACACACACCGCAGUCCUGACCGCCGAUAAAAACACACAAAAAAAUAUGAAACGAGGACAUGAAAAAGGGGAUUUAACCACAGAACCGUGCGCUGGAGGGGGGGGAGGGGGGGGCUAUGGGGGGGCAGGGCCAUGUGGCUGGCCAACCACGGCUCAACAAACCCAGUAGUCCCGCUAGUCGUUGCUACUACUGCUACAACGAUUAUUACUACUACAACUUCUACUACUAGCCCCGCCCAAUUCCCUAAGCCACGCCCCCGUCCCCCCCCUCCGAUGUGAACCCCCCACCACACACAUACUUACUUGAAUGUGCUACGGCAACCAUGGCAACCACGGCCCUCCCAAAAAAACAACCCAGGCUUACCCCCCUUCUUUUUUCCUUUCAUUUUUUUUCUACGUCCACAGAGGAUUUCACUUUUUUUUCGUAGUAUUUAUUUGGAAAAAAGAUAUCGGGUUUUUCGCAUUUUUUUCAUUCUUUUGUUUUCUUUCAUGGUGACCUUUAACCCCCAACCCCGGGGGUGUGGUGUAUGUGUUCGGCACGGUCGGCAUGGAAAUGGUGCAGACUGCUGACAACGCAUCGGAAAUGGAAAACCGGUCAAUGACGGAAAAAUGAGCUAAAUCCCGACCGAUAAAAAGCGGCCGAAGUCUGAAAAACGAAAAGAAAAACGACAACGACCAAACAAUCCGACUUCGUAGGUCAACGUCGACCCCACCCCCCCCUCUCUAUUUGGACCGGUCCGCGGUGAGACUUAAGUCAGAGCGGUGUAAGUGCACUUAGACAUUUUCAGAAUGUUUCCUUUGUCCGAUAUAUUUUUUUUUUAUGCAUACGAUUUAUUGUUUUGUUCUUGCCGCACAUUGUGUCCUAUUUCGAAAAACACGUUUUAUUUCCAUGUCUUCCUGUGACGACGAUUCUCAAUAAAACGAAACCCAAGAACACGACAGUAUUGUGUACGCUGAGGGGACCCUCUCUCUCUCACCCCCCCCCCCUCUCGCUCUCUCUCACUCUCUCUCUCUCUCUCUCCCUGUCGCUCUCUAUCUCUCUCUCAGCCUCUCUCUGGGCGAGCCAGACGUAGUGUGUGCUGGUACAAGGCAAGCCCCCCCCUCCCCUCCCCUGGACCCUCGUUUACGAAUAGACAGAUCUGGGCGAGCGAGAUCCAAGUGAAACACCCGCACCAGGGACUCAAACCCACCACCGCUCCGAUAUAGGUUGUGAGGUUGCUGGGAAGUUGUGAGGUUUGGUUGAGGGUUGGUGGUUUCAACUUCUUAGUGCCUUGCUCAAAGGCACUUUAAUGGCAGUUAAAUAAAUAGGGUUUAGCGGAGGGGUCACUCGCCUGCUGCUCUACGCUUCCUUCCCUGCUCGACCGACGUUCAAACACACCGCUUCGUCGUCACGGCAAUCACUACCCCGCCCUUCCAACCCCCCUUAUCCAGGCGGGCAAGGAAUGUGGGAGGGGGGUGGGUACCGGACUGGCUUGGACCGUAUCCCAGCAUGCAUCACGGUUAGUGUCGUGGACCAUACCCCCUGUCAAAGCACCCCCUUUGUGGAGAAGAGGCGAAAGUUUAAAGUUCGGCGGGAGAAUUUGUUUGAGGCUACCUCGGUUAGCUUCCGUUAUGCCACUCAGAGGAGGGCCCACUGGCACAAUAACAUAAACCUGGGCCGUCCUCGCUCUUCUGUUGCUCUUGUUCCACCAUCUUUAGUUUUUCCAUCUGAAAAUCCCUGGGCGGCGAGAAACCGAUCUUUUCGACAAAUUUCGUGUUUUCUUUGAGGGUUGUUUGGUUCGUUCUUUUACCUGCUUGAGAUCUAGCCUGUUUGCUUGCCGGUGACGAUCCAAGUGCCAUAAAUGAGGGUAGCAAGGAAUCUUUUUAUUAAUAUAAUUUAAUAAUAAUUUCUUUUUUUUUUCUUUUUCGGCGGCCAUCUUUGUUGUCCCGGCGCCGUGAAAACGGGAAACUUUGUGUUGUGUAACAAAAAUAAACACACAAUUAUACGAGAUGACUCAGAAAACGUCAGUUGGGACGCCGCCAUCAGUUGCUCUGCGUUUCCAUUUGUUGCCCUGUUUUUUUUUUUUUCUGUACCGUUGAAUCUGCUGCUCACACGGACAUCGUACGCUUAGGACUCUAGCGCCGGAUAAAAAUGAAACGUUGGCGAGGCAUCGGAGAGCCCCCUCGCCGGUAGACGGCUUUGAAUCGUCGGUAACACUUUAAGGGAUGAAGAUGAUUUAAAGACUAAAGGCUAUGAAGUGAUGAGUGUUGUGUAAACAUGCUAAAUAAAAGUGACAGCUUUUUUUUACAGUU